CUUGAUAUACAGUUUGUAUUUUAUUUCACUUUCGGGCAAACCAGAUUUAAAAAAAAAAAUUAUCUAAAUUUUUGUUUGCAAUGGAGGAAGAUUUAGAGAUUAAUAGCGAAGAGGAACGGGACACCGUUCCAAUUAAAAUUGGAAUAAUUGGAGAGGCCAAUCUGGACAGGCCGAUCUAUUUGGCGGAACGCAUGGAAUACGCUGUGUGCACGCCAUUUGGGAAACCCUCGGAUGUGCUUAUUGAUGGCCAGAUCGAAGGCGUAAAUGUGUGUCUCCUGUCGCGAAAUGGUCGGAACCACGACAUCAUGCCGAGCAACAUCAACUACAGGGCCAAUGUGUGGGCCAUGCGAAAGAUGGGUUGCACCCACAUCCUGGUGACGAACACGUACAGCUCCUUGAGGGACAACAUCCAGCCAGGACACCUGGUUGUGCCCCACGAUGUGAUUGAUUACACAACAAGGCGAGCUCAAACGUUUUACGACGGUGCCAAGGGAAGUCCUUUGGGCGUCUGCCAUGUUCCUAUGAAUCCUACUUUUUGUGAACGCACAAGGAAUCAUCUGUUGAGUGCAGCUAAGGAGCUGGACUUCCCCACGCGCACCAGUGGCACGGUUCUUACCCUCGAAGGACCUCGCUACUCAACAGUUGCCGAGAACGACAUGUUCCGCAAGUGGGGAGCGGAUCUUCUGAGCAUGACUCUGUGUCCCGAGGCCACUUUAGCGAAGGAAGCUGGUAUCCUGUACGCCUCCCUGGGACUGGUCACAAACAUGGAGUGCUGGUGCGCUCAAAAACAGAACGCAACCACCCACGAAAUAAUCUACAUCUUCAAAAAGCAAGCGGAAAACCUACAGAAGGUCCUAAUCACAGCAAUUAAGAAUAUGUCCGCCGAGGAUUGGGCCGAAGACAUUUUAAAAGCAAAGGUUCUGGUGUGCAGUAACUUCGCAAACAGUAAAUAAUUUCACAUCUUGUAAAAUUAUAUGUUUAUAAUAAAAUCGAUUCUAAAAUUUGUAUUGUAAUAAAAUACUAAAUUCGAA